UUGAAGGUGUCGUCGGCAAAACAAAACACUUCGAAACGUUCCGCAACGUCGGACGAUUCUGAUGAAGAUGAACUACCUACGGACUUUUUUGGUUUGACAUCUGCUUCUGAGCCGAAAAUUCCGCGAAUCGGGGACGUCCCUGCUUUGGUCGAUGGCUUGGCCGACUUUGUAGGACCGUCACGUCCAGCAAAACCAUCAUCCAUCGUCUUUAAGACUCUUCACUUUCAGGAAGCUCACCGACUUAUAAUGAAGUACGAAGUCGGUCCACUGGGACCGAUGGAACAACGAAGCUUUAACUCGAUCGCAGGAGACAUAGUGGAUAUACGAGUGGAUGAUGCCCUAGGGCCAGAUGUACGAGCAACGCUACUAAAAAAUCUGCACGUGGCUGCGCGCGCCAGGGAUGCGAUGGCCCCCCUGCCUAAGUCGAAGAAUCCAGCUGAUGUGACUUCUAAAAGAAAGCAUCAAAUCACAUAUCUUGCUAACCUGGCAGUUGCACGUGAAGAAGCGCUGCAGCAACAGUGGGCGGAAAGCAAGCAGAUGAGGCGAAUGGGUCGACAAAAGUAUGGCUUUUAA